GAGCCUAGGCGGCCGAGCUUGCGAGAGCUCGCGAAACGGGUCGCCAACUCGUUGGCCUUUGAGCUCUUUUUCGCGGCGGUGAUCCUCGCAAACGCAUUGUAUCUGGGAAUACAGCUGCAAUGGGAGAAGGAGAGCCGAACGGCGGGUUGGAGAGCCGAAUCCCUCACCGUUCAGCUGAUCUUUGCCGUCUUGUUCUCCAUCGAAGUGAGCAUCAGGAUCUUGGCAGCCAGCAGCUGCCGGAGCUACAUUUGCGGACGCGACCGGCUCUGGAAUUGGCUGGAUGUUUUCGUGGUGACGACCUCUUGGCUGGUGAUCGGUUUAGAGGUGUUGGUCACAGCAGGCAUGAACGAAGCGAACAGUACCAACCUGCGUGUCUUCCGUGUUUUCAAAGUGUCGCGGCUGCUGCGAGUAGUUGCCUCGCUAUGGGUGGUCCGUUCCGUGAAAGCGCUUCGACAGCUGGUGAACUCCUUAGUCGAUACCUUGAUGUCUCUUUUCUGGGCUCUGGUGCUGCUAUGCUUGAUUAUCUAUACCUUCGGAAUACUCUUCACCGACGCCGCAAUAGACUACGCGCUCUACAAUGAGCCCGAUCCCAUGAUGGAAGCCCACUUUGGAACGCUGUAUCAGUCCCUGACCACAUUGCUCAGGUCCAUCCUGGGUGGCAUAGACUGA